AGUCCAGUACCUGCUGGCCGAGGAAAGAGUUCCCAAUGCCUAUCUGUACCUACUAGAACAGAAAGAAGCCUGUGCCGUCUAUGACAUAUUCGAUGCCAUGUUCCCUGUCACACACAUAGCAGGAGAAACAGUCAUACAACAGGGUGAUGAAGGAGACAACUUCUACGUGAUUGACCAAGGCGAGGUGGACGUUUAUGUCAACGGGGAGUGGGUCACCAGCAUCGGAGAAGGAGGCAGCUUCGGGGAACUGGCGUUGAUCUAUGGAACACCCCGGGCUGCCACCGUCAAGGCCAAGACAGAUCUCAAGCUCUGGGGCAUCGACAGAGACAGUUACAGACGCAUUUUAAUGGGCAGCACGCUGAGGAAGCGGAAGAUGUAUGAAGAAUUCCUGAGCAAGGUCUCCAUUUUGGAGUCCCUGGACAAAUGGGAGCGGCUGACAGUGGCUGAUGCACUGGAACCUGUCCAGUUUGAAGACGGAGAAAAAAUUGUUGUGCAGGGAGAGCCCGGUGAUGACUUCUUCAUUAUUACGGAG